AUGAGCUGCCCUCUUCGCCUUCCCAAGGGCUCCUCCCAAAACCAUAAACCACAAAGCUUCCCUCAGAGGCCGCUCGGAGAGAGCUCCGGGCAUGGCGAAGUCGCUGCGGUCCAAGAAGGAGAAGAGAUUGAGAACGCUAAGGAGGGAGAUUGCCGAGCCCUUCUACAACAAGAAAGAUGCCGUCAAGCUCGCCGCUUCCAAGCUCCCCAUCCGCGGACUCCCCGCCGCCGACGAGCCCUCCACUGCCAUGGCUAGCAGUGAGGAAAAUGAACCAAGAGGCGGCCUAAGAGUCAAACUGAUGCUACUGCACUCUUAAGGUUCAGAUCCAAGUAACCAUGAAGGAUAGAAUUCUACAACAGGCAGAUUUUAAUUUUCAGAUUCAUGCUUCUCAAUUCAUCUUUGCUGACAGUAUCUUGAAUGUUUUGCAAAUUUUAUUAGAACCAGGCUAUAGACUGCCAGCUGUAUGAAGGUUGAGUAUUUAUUUGCUUUGCUUAAACUUGCAACUGCCCCAUUAUUUGCUUAUAUUCAGGAGGUUGUAAGUGGCAGCAGGUGAGUAGGAUGUUCCCUGCCCUGUCUGCUAAAUGCUCAAUAAGUAAGGGAUGUGUGCAUUAGUUUGCAUUUUAGUCAACCAUAGCUUGUCAGAUUUAAUUAACUAGGCAAGGGCAAGUCGAUGUUAAUAGAAGUGGUGUGCCAUAGCUUUAAACCCACUCUGCAUUCUACAACAAAUUAUUUUUAGAUGCAUCCACUACUGACCAAGCAAAAACUGUCAGUAUCAUCUGUUUUUUAUGGUCUGGUCUAUCUGUUGGUUCCGGUGCAAGAUGGAGAAAAACAUGUGCUGUAAGGAAAAAAAAAAGGAAAAUGAGAAUGUCAUGGGAGUUGGGACUUGGUUUAGCUGACAUUGUUGUGCUGAUUAUGUGACUCCAAUGUGUUUAAUAGGCAUGGAAAGACCACUGAUGUCAUCUGUACAAGUACAGUCUGUAUGGAGUUUUAGAUUCCAAAUUUGCUUCUAACUUUUUAUGCAUUCUUGAUAACACUAUUAUGUAUUCUUGUUGUAUUAGAGCACCUCUGAUGUAUGUAUUUUGAGUGGAUAUUUUACCAUUAUAUGUGUUUUAUCUGCACUCAUAUAAUUUAUUAGUUUUAGAUUAUUGAAUGUCAUUCAAUUUAGAAAUUGAGAGAAUGUUUCUAAU